CGCAGGCUCAGUGCGGCCUAGCGGGGACGGCGCGGAGGACGGCGGCGGCGGCGGAGACGCGGCGAUGGCGGGUUCGGGGCCCGGCGGGGCGAGGCUGGACAUCAACCGGGCCGGGGCGGCGGAGCUGGAGCGGGGGCUGGUGGGGGUCGGGCGGCGCCGCGCGCGGGGGAUCGUGCGCAAGAGGGAGGAGCUGCGGGGCUUCGUCUCGCUGGAGGACCUGCUGGGCGUGAAGGGCAUCACGGCGCGCAUCCUCCGGCUCAACCGGCAGCGGCUCUCCUGCUGCGCCCGCGACGCCCCCGCCCCCGCCCCGCCCCCGCCCUGGGAGCCCCCCCGGCACGGCCCCCCCGCCGCCGCCGCCGCCGCCCUCCGCCUCCGCCGCCACCGGCAACACCCCCAGCAGCAGCCCCAGCAGCCCCCGGCGGCGGCGGCGGCCAGCCCUCCUGCGCGGGGCUCCUGGGGGCGCGGCGGCGGCAGGGGGGGGUCUCGGGGCCAGCCGGGCAGCUCCUGCGCCCCGCAGCCGGACCCCCCGCAGAGCAGCAGCGGCGACGAGGAGGAGGAGGAGGAGGAGGACGGAGGCGACGAUGAAGAGGAGGAGGAGGAGGAAGAGGAGGAGGACGUCUACUUCUACCCGACGGCGGACGAGCGCUGGAUCGAUUACCUGGAGCGCACCGAGGGGGGCGGCCGCAGCAGCAGCAGCCAUCACGCCCGGCCCAAGAUGAAGCGGAAGUCGGACAGCGGCCUGGACGGCAGGGCCCAGUCCCCCGGGAAGAAGUUCUGCAAAGGGUCGGAGCGCGGCAGGGUGCUGGGCCCCUGCGUGGCGAGCCCCACGGCAACCUUUGGCGACCUGCGGAACGCGAAGGCGGGCCAGGCCCGCUGCCGACACGUCCCCCCCGUGGCCCCGCCCCCUGAGCUCCAGGACUGGCUGCGGACGUUCCAGGGCUGGAGUGGCCCGGAAAAGCUGCUGGCCCUGGACGAGCUGAUCGACCGCUGCGAGCCCCCCCAGAUCAAGCACAUGAUGCAAGUGAUCGAGCCCCAGUUCCAGCGAGACUUUAUCUCGCUGCUGCCCAAGGAGCUGGCGCUCUACGUGCUCUCCUUCCUGGAGCCCCGGACUCCGUCACUUCUACAACCUGCCUCUUGGGCUGGAGAAGUGCCGCUGGUGGGUGAGGACCGCCCCAGCUGCUGCCCCUCCCUCCCCACUGCCCCCCCCCCCGUCUCAUGGCUGCGUGGCUGUCUUGCAGGCAUCGAGGAGCCGUUGAACCUGCGCAAGCGGCGGCUGCUGAGCCCGGGCUUCAUGUACAGCCCCUGGAAACUGGCCUUCCUCAGGCAGCACCGGAUCGACAUGAACUGGCGCAGUGGGGACGCCCGGCCUCCCAAGGUCCUGAAAGGGCACGACGACCACGUCAUCACCUGCCUCCAGUUCUGUGGCAACCGCAUUGUCAGUGGCUCCGACGACAACACGCUCAAGGUCUGGUCAGCCGUCACGGGGGAGUGCGUGCAGACCCUCGUGGGGCACACCGGUGGGGUCUGGUCCUCUCAGAUGAGGGACAACAUCGUCAUCAGCGGCUCCACGGACCGGACCCUGAAGGUGUGGAAUGCGGACACAGGGGAGUGCGUGCACACCCUCUAUGGGCACACGUCCACCGUGCGCUGUAUGCACCUGCACGGCACCAGGGUGGUGAGUGGGUCUCGCGACGCCACCCUGCGCUUGUGGGACAUCGAGACGGGGCAGUGCCUUCACGUGCUGAUGGGCCACGUGGCGGCCGUGCGCUGCGUGCAGUAUGACGGGCAGAAGGUGGUGAGCGGCGCCUAUGACUACACCGUGAAGGUCUGGGACCCGGAGACGGAGAGCUGCAUCCACACCCUGCAGGGCCACACGAACCGCGUCUACUCCCUGCAGUUUGACGGGAUCCACAUCGUCAGCGGCUCCCUGGACACGUCCAUCCGGGUGUGGGACGCGGAGAGCGGCAGCUGCCUGCACAUGCUGGUCGGCCACCAGUCCCUGACGAGCGGCAUGGAGCUGCGAGACAACAUCCUGGUCUCCGGAAACGCCGACUCCACGGUCAAAAUCUGGGACAUCAAGACGGGCCAGUGUCUGCAGACCCUGCAAGGCCCCAGCAAGCACCAGAGCGCUGUCACCUGCCUCCAGUUCAGUUCCAAGUUCGUGGUGACCAGCUCCGACGACGGCACCGUCAAGCUGUGGGACCUGAAGACGGGGGAGUUCGUGCGGAACCUGGUGGCCCUGGAGAGCGGGGGGAGCGGGGGGGUGGUCUGGCGCAUCCGGGCCUCCAACACGAAGCUGGUCUGUGCCGUCGGGAGCCGCAACGGGACCGAGGAGACAAAGCUGCUGGUUCUGGACUUCGACGUGGCUCUGAAAUGAAGAGGGCGGGGGGGGUGGAGCUGUUUGGGGAGGGGACCCUGCAGGACAGGGGUGGCGGGGGCGGGGGGGGGGGGAUGGCCGGUGCUGCCAGUCGAAGCACCUUAUUUAUAGGAGGAGGACAGUUGGCCAGACCGGGUGGCAGAACCAAGGAGCACAAGGGCCCGGCUUUGUAUACGCAAAUAAUAUAUCCCUUUAUUUCUGUA